AUGGCCUUCAUUCUCAGAAGAACCCUGUUUGGGAAAUGUCUGCACCAUCUAAGCACAGCAGUAUUUGGGGCAUCAAAGAGCCUCAUCCCAGAGUCAAGUACUCUCAGAAUGCUCCAUGUUGGAGCCCGAGCCUCACUGACUAGGGUUUUCAGCGCUAGAGACGUCACGCUUUUUGCUGAGCUAACGGGAGAUACGAAUCCGCUCCACCUUGACCCUGAGUUUGCCAAAAAGACGACUUUUGAAGCUCCCAUUGUUCACGGCGUGCUGAUUAAUGGCCUCAUCUCAGCAGUUUUGGGGACCAAAAUGCCCGGCAGAGGCUGUGUUUUUCUCUACCAGGAAAUUCGCUUCCCGGCACCUUUGUUUGUUGGGGAGGAGGUGGUUGCUGAGGCAGAGGUGAAGAAGAUCAAAAUGUCCUGUGCUUUAAUUUCCGUUUCUUGUUCUGUCAGGGACAAAGUGGUGAUGGAGGGGGAGGUGAUGGUCAUGAUACCAAAAAAUAUACAGGGGGCUUAGUUAUUAUGAAAUGUGUGCAAAGACACGAAAGACAUUUCUCUAAUUCUCUCCUUGUACUUGGAAAGGUUAUGUUAUUACUCAGCCUGUUUUUAAUAUAGUAUGAACUGCUGUGUUUUAAAGGAAGAGUUCAGCCAGAAAUAAAAUGCACAUGAUUUA